GGAAGCGAGAGAGAGAGAGAGAGAGGAGCGGGUCCGCCAGUAUCCAAGAUGGCGGUGUGUAUCGCUGUGAUCGCCAAGGAGAACUAUCCUCUGUACAUCAAGAGUGUCCCGACAGAAAACGAACUGAAGUUCCACUACACGGUGCAUACAUCCCUCGAUGUUGUGGAUGAGAAGAUCUCUGCUAUGGGGAAAGCUCUCGUGGACCAAAGAGAACUCUACCUGGGGCUCCUAUACCCAACCGAAGACUACAAAGUAUAUGGUUACGUGACAAAUUCCAAGGUGAAGUUUGUGAUGGUGGUGGAUUCUUCCAAUACAGCACUCCGAGAUAAUGAAAUACGAAGUAUGUUCAGGAAGCUGCAUAACUCUUACACAGAUGUCAUGUGCAACCCCUUCUAUAAUCCUGGGGACCAAAUCCAAUCCAGGGCCUUUGACAACAUGGUGACAUCUAUGAUGGUGCAGGUUUGUUGAAGCUUCUGCCUCUUAUCCCAGUUCCUUUACCUGAGAAGAAUGGCUCCUGUACAGAACUGUUUGGUGUUCUUUAUGUGUAUUCUGUCCUCCGGACUUAUGCUCUGUGAAAUAAACUCUUUCACUAAGUCA